AUGAAGUUCGCCAGGUUCCUGCUGAAAAAACGCAGCGCUGGCCAAUGCGCCCAAACAGAUCGAGAGGUUCAGCCGCUUCUCUCCAUCUCCUCUUUCCAUGAAGCAGUUCCUUGACUUCGGAUCUGCCAAUGGAUGUGAGAAGACCUCCUUUGUCUUCCUGCGGCAGGAGUUACCGGUGAGGCUGGCCAAUAUCAUGCGUGAGAUCUACAUCCUCCCAGAUCCCCUGCUGGGGACCCCGUCUGUUCAGCUUGUGCAGAGUUGGUACAUCCAGAGUUUGAUGGAGCUAAUAGAAUUUGUGGAAAAGUGCCCAGAUGACCAGAGGGUUCUGUCUGACUUUACAGAGACUCUGGUCCACAUCCGGAACCGGCACAACAACGUCGUCCCCACCAUGGCCCAAGGGGUUAUCGAAUACAAAGAAGCCUUUGGGGUGGAUCCCGUGACCAAUCAGAAUGUCCAGUACUUUCUAGACCGUUUCUACAUGAGCCGAAUCUCCAUCAGGAUGCUAAUUAACCAACACACUCUUCUUUUCGAUGGUGGAACCAACCCUGCCCAUCCAAAACAUAUUGGAAGUAUCGACCCCAACUGCGAUGUAGUGGAAGUAGUGCAUGAUGCCUUUGAGAAUUCCAAAAUGCUCUGUGAGCAAUAUUAUCUGGCUUCUCCUGAUCUGCAGAUAAAACAGUCAAAUGCAAAAUCGCCUGGACAGCCUAUAAGUAUGGUGUAUGUUCCUUCUCACCUCUACCACAUGCUGUUUGAGCUUUUCAAGAAUGCCAUGCGAGCCACCGUGGAGAGCCAUGAAAACAGUCUGUCUCUCCCAUCUGUUAAAGUCAAUAUUGUUCUAGGAAAAGAAGACCUGACAAUUAAGAUCUCUGACAACGGGGGAGGUGUUCCUUUAAGAAAAAUAGAGCGUCUUUUUAGCUACAUGUAUUCCACAGCCCCACUGCCCAUGAUGGACAAUGCUCGGAACGCACCACUGGCGGGUUUCGGAUAUGGGUUACCCAUCUCUCGUCUUUAUGCCAAGUAUUUCCAAGGUGACUUAAUGCUACAUUCGAUGGAAGGUUUUGGAACAGAUGCAGUCAUUUACUUAAAGGCAUUGUCCUCUGAAUCCAUCGAGCGGUUACCGGUGUUCAACAAGUCCGCCUGGAAGCACUAUAAGUUCUGCACAGAAGCGGACGACUGGUGUAUUCCCAGCAGCGAGCCAAAGAACCUGGCCAGGUAG